UCUUCCUCUUACUCUUUCUCUCCUCUCCCGUUGGAUCAUAACAACAAGACAAUUCAAUCCUCAUCCCGUCACUCUUUUCUGAUCUCUCUGAUAUUUUCCUCUUGUUUUUUUCGAGAUUUUACCAAAGACAAUUUUAAUAUUCGAUAAAGACAAAACACUUUUUUUUUUUCGGACAACUUAUUUUUGCUGUAAUAAAAAUCAAAACUGGGUUUGUAGUAAAUCGUUGCCACACGAUCUAAUAAAAUCCUCCUUAGCCAUAGAAAAUUUUCUCUUUUUUCUAUAUUUUUUGAGAGACGCAGACAGGGAGAUGAAUAUGAAGCACUAGUUGUGUUUGUGUUUUGUGCAAAAUCAAUCAGAUUAAGUGUGUGGGGUUUGUGGAUGCAACAUCAUCUUCUUUGCAAAGAACAUAAACGUGUGAUGCUAAUCUUUGGAUUCAGUGAGAAAUAGAGAUUGGUUUUGGUUCUUGUUAAUCAUGGAGCCUUACGAGACACGUAACAACAACGGUGAAGCUUAUCAGAUGGUGAGAUAUCAGACUUAUAACAACCAUCACAAUCCAAGGAUAUCAUCAUCAUCAUCAUCAUCAUUACCAGCAUUGCCAUUGCUGGAUUUGAGAGUGUUUUAUGUCAGAAUCAACAACUUCAAGGUGGAUGAUUCCACACCUGAGAUCCUCACAAUCACACACAUCCCUCUUGAUCCAGACUCUCUUCUUGAGAUCAACGGUGUGAGAAUGAGCAUCAACUCUGAAGGAGUCUCCUCUCAGUUAAGGAGAGAUCGUGUUGAUAAGAAAUCAGAGGAAGCUACUUUCAUCAGCACUGAUAAUAUCAGGUUAUCUGGUAGUGUGAAGUUUGAGGUUUGUGACAAGGAUGAGCUUGUUUUGUCUGGGACGUUGGAGAUGUCUGGGAGUAAUGGUUUCACAGGGGAGUCUAAGCAUAGCGUAAAGCGGUGGAGCAUGAAUUGUGAAGCUGAGAUUACUGCAGGGUCUGGUUUCUUGAAGGAGAAACAUAUUGGUUGUUCUGAGUUGUCAUCUCCGUUGCCAACUAUUGAAGUGUACGUCACUGGUUGCUUCUCAGGAACACCUAUCAUUCUAACAAAGACACUGGAGCUUGGUUUCAGAAAGAAGCAGAGUAGAACGAGUGCGUUAGAUUCGAUUCCUGAGUAUGAAACUGGUGAUUCUCAGAAAGGCAGCUCAUCUGAGCUUGAUUUUCAGGUCACAGAAUACGGAAGCUAUAAACAAGAUUAUGAAGGAGAAUAUGAGGACAUGUAUAUGGGAAGAGAGUACGCAGAUGGUGAAGAUGGUGAGAUGUCAUGGUUCAAUGCGGGUGUGAGGGUAGGUGUGGGAAUAGGUCUUGGUGUAUGUGUAGGUCUGGGCAUUGGUGUUGGCCUUCUAGUACGUACCUAUCAAUCAACCACCAGAAACUUCAGAAGAAGGCUUAUCUAACCUUCUCACUCAAAUCACCUUAAGCAUCUUCCCCCACUCCAUUCUCUCUUUUUUUGACUGAUAGUCUCUUAAUACCUAAUACUGUUGUGUAGCCAUAAUCUUUCUUCGUGUGGUUUUUAAUUAUUAAUCUUUGUGCCUUGCAAUUUUGAAAGGAACCAUUUGUCUUGUGUUUGUUGAGAGAUUCAGACUGAAAGAAACAAAAAGUUUGUUGUUGCUGGUAUUGCCUGCUUACUGUAAAUAAUUAAAUAUAAAUGCUUUUUGAGUGUACU